AUGGGUUGGUUCGACGGACGCUCAUCCUCCACCUCGCACUCGCACCACACUACCAACUCCAAAGGCGAAGGCUACUACGUCCGCCGCCGCGGCGGCUCACCAACCCGCAGCAAAUCAGGCUACACAUCAACACACCACACCCGCAACUCAGCACCCUCCUUCUUCAACCUGGGCCGCACAACCAGCCGCUCAAGCGGACGGUCCAGCCCCACGCACUCCGUCUUCUCGGCCUUUAGUUCGUCGUCCCGACGCGCCAGACCUCGAGAGGGCUUUGUGCAGCGCAUGAUUCGGGACGUGAAGCGGUUAUUCCGUGAUAUCAUCCGCUAUGCGAAGAAGAAUCCGUUCAAGGUGUUGAUGCUUGUUAUCGUUCCGCUGUUGACGAGUGGGGUUUUGCCCAAGUUGCUUGCUAUGGUUGGGCUGCGGUUGCCGCAUGGUGUUAUGAGUGCUCUUGGUGGUGCGGGUGCCAGUGGUGCGAGGGGAUUUAAUGGUGGUGGUGGCGGUGGUGGGUCGGGGAUGUCGGAGAAUCUGACUAGUUUGAUGAAUAUUGCGAAGAUGUUUGCUUAG